ACUGUUCAGAGAGUCCAGCGUCUGCAGAGCCACAGUGUGAGUCAGUGCGCACAGCCAGGGCGGCGCCUGACUAUAAAAUCUCUGUUGCUUGUUGCAGACGUCUGAACAUUUGCACCUCUUCUGUUGCCACGUCCCAGCAACUGUACGUCUAAACACAUUCCAGCAACCAUGCCUUCAGAACUGGAAAACUGCAUGGAAGGACUCAUCAAGGUGUUCCACCGUUACGCCAAGGACGGUUCGCUCACCCGGCAAAACCUCAGACAGCUAAUGGAGGCUGAGCUUUCCAGCUUCCUUAAGUGUCAAAAAGAUCCUGCUGCUGUAGACAAGAUCAUGAAAGACUUGGACGCCAACGGUGAUGGUCUUGUGAACUUUGAGGAGUUUGUUUCUCUGGUUGUUGGACUGUCUGUUGCAUGUGAGCAGUGCUAUCAGCUGCAAAUGAAAAAGACUGGGAAGAAGUAGGAAGUACAACAGUGGAAGAGAAGCGACCAAAAAGCAUUGCUUUUUGUUUUUUUUGUAAAGUUUUGUUCAUUAAAAGUGCUGAAUCAUUUUAAA